AUGAACUUCCGCUCGUACGUGGAGGCUCUCAAGGCCGAGGGUGACAUUGCGGAAAUCAACGCGGAGAAGGACCCGAUCCUCGAGGUUAGCGCGAUCAUUCGUCGCUCGAACGAGCUCGAUGACAAAGCGCCGCUGUUCAACAACGUCAAGGGAGCCAAGAACGGACUCUUUCGCACUCUGGGAGGACCCAACUCGCACCGGCAAUCGUCCAAGGGCAAGUACGGGCGACUCGCGCGACACCUCGCCUUGCCUCCUGACGUCGGCAUGAAGCAGAUUCUUGACAAGAUGGUGGCGGCCAAGGACGCGCAGCCAAUUCCGCCUCGUGUGGUCACGACUGGCGCCUGUAAAGAGAACAAGCUUGUGGGCGAUGCGAUCGACCUCACUGCUCUUCCUGUGCCUCUCAUUCACAAGGACGACGGCGGCAAGUACAUCCAGACGUACGGCAUGCACAUCGUCCAGUCACCCGACGGAAAGUGGACGAAUUGGUCCAUUGCUCGCGCUAUGAUCUACGACAACAAGCAUCUCGUGGGCCUGGUUAUUGAGCCACAGCACAUAUGGCAGAUCCACCAGAUGUGGAAGAAGGAAGGGAAGGAUGUUCCGUGGGCCCUCUGCUUCGGUGUUCCUCCCGCCGCCAUCAUGGCUUCGAGCAUGCCUCUUCCAGAUGGUCUCACGGAGUCAAGUUACAUUGGCGCUCUGACUGGCCACGCCAUCGACGUCAUCAAGUGCGAGACGAACGACUUGCUCGUGCCUGCCAACUCGGAGAUUGUGUUUGAGGGUGUGCUGUCGGCAACCGAGACCGCACCGGAAGGUCCCUUCGGUGAGAUGCAUGGCUACGUGUUCCCAGGCGACUCCCACCAGUGCCCAAAUACAAUGAUCGGUCCUCUGGCGGCCGCGGAAAUUGGAUAUCUGUGCAAGCAGCAUGGGCUUCCGAUCAUCGACGCGCACUCGCCGUUGGUGUCGCAGGUGACGUGGGUCGUGCUCAAGGUGGACACGGCAAAGCUGCGAGCGAUGGGCACCGACUCGAAGACGUUCCGGAAGCAAGUCGGCGACCUCGUGUUCAACGAAAAGGCUGGAUACACCAUCCACCGCAUUGUGCUUGUGGGUGAUGACAUUGACGUGUUCGACGAAGCCGAUACCAUGUGGGCGUUCUCCACCCGCUGCCGUCCGUACGACGACGAGACGUUCUUCCCGGGUGGCGCUGGGCGACCACGGACAGCAUGGACAAGUUCAUUCGGACCCAAAGGUCCCAACGUUGACAUCCCUACUUCCCGGACGUGCGCGCCGACCGAGUACACGAACGGCCGGGAUUGGGUGGCUGCAAGCUUCAAGGAGAGUUACCCCGAAGAUGUGAAGAACAAGGUCCUGUUCGAGUGGAAGUGCAUGGGCUUCGAGACAUCGGACAAGUAG